CGGUAAAGCUUCGACGACCUCACUCAGCUAGUGCUAGCGUUUCAGCAAAACAUUUCAAAUUUAAAUUCUGUUGUCAGGUCAUUAACUUUACUUCACCGAAAUAUUGCUUAUUUGUAUAGUCAGACAAAACAGUAGAAAUGCGUGAUCAACACAUAUGUUUGGAUGAGCAGUUAUUACUGUUCAUGGACCAGCUCGAGGCUUUGGAAGAGAAAAGGCACAAACUGAAUUCACUUAUAGAAGAGGGAUGGUUUUCUAUUGCCAAGGCACGUUAUUCAAUGGGAAAUAAACAAGUCUCCUCUUUACAGUAUGCAAGUGAGAUGGAACCGCUUGUUCAUGUGGAGGACAGCUUGAUGGAAAGUGGAACAGUUGAGUUUAAAUGUAACAGAGCAGAAAAUAAAACAGAUGAAUUGACAAAAAAUAACUUGAUAGAAGACAUUGGAGUAAAGGAGGGAGGUCUUAGAAGGCGAAUAAAUACCAAACAAAAGGAGAAUAAAGAGGAAGAUGCUUCUGAGCAACAGGAGACUGACCAUCAAGGAAAAACUAAGACUGAGUCACCCACUCCAGAAAACAGAGAUCCAUUAAAAUGGUUUGGAAUUCUUGUACCACAGAAUCUGAAACAAGCUCAAGUUGCUUUUAGGGAAGUGAUCACUCUCUCAGCAGAGAUUGCGUCCAUACAGAGCGCAAUACUGGCUACAAGGAAAGAAAUGCAGGCCCAGAUGAAAGAAAAGCAAGAGAAGACAGGAAAGACCAAACCAGAAAUAACAAAAGAAUAACAGUUACUUUGUUUUUUUUUCAUUUACUUCUAUAACCUUAAUUUAUUAACAUUUGUAUGAACAUUGAAGGGAUAGUUCAGCCAAAAAUGAAAAUUAUGUCAUGAAUUACUUUCUAGUGGUUCCAAACCUAUAUAAAUAUUUUUGUUUGGUUGAACACAGAAAGAUUUGGAAGAAUGCUUGUAACCAAACAGUUCUUGGACCCCACUGACUACCAUAGUAGGAAAAAUACAAUGGUAGUCAAAAGUGCCCUAAAACUGUUUGCUGUCCUACAUUCUUCAAAAUAUCUUCUUUUGUGUUCAACAGAACAAAAAUAUAUUUUUUCCUAUGGUAGUCAAUGGGGUACAGAAACUGUUUGGUUCUUCCAAAUAUCUUUCUCUGUGUUCAUCAGAACAAAGAAAUGUAUACAGAUUUGGAACAACGCGAAGAUUUUUAUUUUUGGGUGAACUAUCCCUUUAAAAAGACACAUAAUCCCAGUAUGUUUUGCAAAUGUCACAUCCCCAAUGUGUUUGACAACUGUUUGUAUUAAUACAUUUUUUUACUGAUGGGUCCUCGUGAACCAUUGUUAUUGUGAGCUGUACUGAAGUAGGAAUAAGGCAAUGUUUUUACGGGGUAAAGCUCAUUUAAUAAGUAUUCUUCAAAAAAUGAUGUAAAUGAUUUGUAAAAAUAAUUGUAGUCUAUUAAAUGCAAAUAUGCUUCA